UUUGCUCCCUCUAUUUAUCUCUUCAGUUUUCCUUCAACUUUUUUGUUAUGUACCUUAUUUGGAUUUGGAUUUAUCCAUCGAAAUUCUCUUCUUUGAGUUGAGGGAUUCUUCAAUCGGAUAAUCCUUCUCAUGGAGUGUAAUGAAUUUGUGCAUGGUGAAAAUGAUUUGGUUUCGUAGUCAGAGUAGAGGUGUUGGUUCUUCUUGCUUGAAUCCCAGUUUUGGCUCAUUCUUCUUCUAAUGAAAAAUUGGAUGCACAUAACCUGUUUGUGAAAAUGACACAGAAGAGUGCACUCUUGAUCCCCUUAUAGUGAUUGUUGAUUGUGACAGUACGGCUCUAUACGUUUACUUUCUCAUAGUUUUGUGUUGGAGGAAACAAGCUAUGGUUGUUUUCUUGCUAAUUGGUACAAUAGGGCCACCAAUCAAGAAAAGAGCUGGUUUGAGGAUUAAACAAGCCGGGAGAGGUUCAUACAGAGGAAGCUAGGUGUUUUGUGUUUAUGUCUGUCUGUGUGCUUUGAACAUUGAACUUGUUAUUUGGACUGUGAUUUUUGUACAUUUUUCCUCAAAAGUGUUAGCAAAAAUUGAAUAUAGAACAGAUGGAAGCCACUUCUAUGACUCAUCAUUUGUUGAAGGGCUUUUGUGAUGGUACACAGUGGAAGUAUGCUGUUUUUUGGAAGCUUAACCACCGUUUCCCCAUGACUUUGACAUGGGAAGAUGGAUAUUAUGGUUACCAGAAAACUAAUGAGGCCGCGGAGAGUAUGUUGGAUGACAUCAAUUUCAAAUUCCCAGCUGAGGUAUAUUCUUCAAGUGGUGAAAUUAUUGAAGAUCCAGGAGAUUAUUCUGCUGGACUACUCAUGGCUGAAAUGUCUCAUCAUAAAUACAGUUUGGGAGAGGGGGUUGUUGGUAAGGUAGCUUUUACUGGGAAUCAUUGUUGGGUGAGUGAGGACAUUCUUACCCAUGGGUUGGAUGCUAAUUUAAUGCCUGAGUGUCCUGAUGAAUGGCUUCUUCAAUUUGCCUCUGGCAUCAAGACCAUUGUGUUGAUUCCAGUUCUUCCUCAAGGAGUUUUGCAAUUUGGUUCAUUUCAAGCGGUUGCUGAAGACCUGGAAUUUGUUACCAAUAUCAAGGAGAAAUUCCAUUCCAUUCAUCUUCUGGCAGCAAAUACUACAGCAUUGAACUAUGGAGUUGAUUGUCAAGAUUGGUCAUUCUCAGACCCAACAAAUACUUUUAUGGAUAUCUUGGAUGAAUCAUCCAAUAUCACAAACAGUACAAUAAAAACUGAUGUUCUGGCUAGAAUUGCGCCUAGUGUGAAUGCAUCAACAAGGUUGAACCCAGCAAUGUUGUCUCAGGUGGAGACAAAAGAUAAUCUGGAAGAAGAGAUAUGGCCCACUUCUCCGUGGGUCAAUGAUGUGGGAGUAUUCCAAGAGAUAUCAAAUGGAUUAGGUUUAUACUCCGGUAAGACAGAGCAACAAUUUGGAAGCAAUGAAACUGGUUAUGAGGAUAUCAAGGAUCUGAAUGGCUUCUUGGCUUUUCCCCCUGAGUCUGAAUUGCACAAAGUGCUUGGAUCAGCAGCUCCACACGGGAAAACAAGGAAUUCCAUGUCUAAACAUACCUCUGUUGUGGAUACUUACAGUAACUCAACCUUUAUAUCCAACAACAAAGAACAUGGUGAUAUUGAGAGUUUGGAGCACCCUGAAGAUGUUGAUCCGAAAUAUCUUUUGGAUGCUGUUUAUGGGGAUUUAUUUAGUGCCUGCAACGAUACUUCAAGCAUAUCCAACAGUUUUAGGUCCCCUGUAAGCAAGAAGAUGCCAUUUACUGGUUUGAUUCAUCCCAGGAACAGUUGCGAAGAAAGCAGUAUGGUUAUGAAAGAUGUGAAAAGUGAUCUUAAGGCGGCAGUUAGAGUCAUGGGCAGAGAUGCUAUUACAUCGCCAUCUUUUGAUGGAAAUUCAAGCCUAUUGACUGAUGAGCCUCAAGAAGAAAAGGUUUAUAGUCAUUUGCAAUCUACUAAUGGACCAAAGAUCUCUAGUACCUACAAGAAAAGAGCAAGGCCAGGUACCCAAAAGUCAAGGCCGAGAGAUAGACAAUUGAUCAUGGACAGGAUGAAGGAGUUGAGGGAGCUUGUCCCAGAUGGUGGAAAGUGUAGCAUCGACAACCUCUUGGAGAGAACCAUAAAGCAUAUGCUAUACUUGAGAAAAAUAACAAGCCAAGCUGAGAAGCUUAAGAGAUUCGCACAUAGAGAGGUUCCCAAAUGCAGCAAGCAGAAGAUCAAUUAUAACCAAUCAGGGAGGAGCUGUGCAUAUGACUUGGAAAGUGAACAAGCAUGGCCCAUAGUGAUAGAAGAUCUGGAAUGCUCAGGCCACAUGCUUAUUGAGAUGGUAUGCAAUGAGCAUGGAUUCUUCUUGGAGAUUGCUCAGGUGAUCCGGAAGCUGGAACUGACCAUCUUGAAAGGUGUCUUAGAAAACCGCUCAUCCGCAGCCUGGGCUUGUUUCAUUGUUGAGGCUCCAAGAGGGUUUCACAGGAUGGAUGUUUUAUGUCCUUUAUUGCAUCUUCUACAGCGGAGGAAGAACCCUGUUCCAUAUAAAAGCUGACCCUUAUGUAUACACAAGAGGCGUGCGAAACCCUUGACUUACAUUCCAUUCAUCAUUGAAUAAAGUGUAGACACAAUUUACCUGUUGUCACAUGGUAUUCAAUGAUAGAAGUAUGAGCCAAUAUGGUGUUCCACACGUUAUAUGUAUAUAUAAGAUACAAAACUUGUAUUUUAGCAAGUUCGAUGUCUUUCUUUCAUGUAUCAACUAGGAGUUGCAACAAUAUUUGAGGGUGAGUUUAACUUUCUAAUAGUGGUGUAUGAUAACUACUAGAAUAUGUAAAACUUGGGACUCCAUGGGAGUCAAUGCUUUUGGCACGAGGAUGAGUGAGUAGCAAGUCACCGACUAGCUUUCUACUCAUUUGCGAUGUGACAUUAUGGUCCUAUUUAUAGAAGGGAGUGUUUCUGUUAAAA